AUGAUCACUGCUGCGUGGAAGAAACUGGCGUCGACGGCCACACUGCGUCGUUCUUCGCAAACGCUUUCCGUCAUUGGCAGAACGGCCUAUGUCUAUGGUGGAGAGCUUCGCCCACGCGAGCCCGUCGAUGCCGAAUUGUACGCCUGUUCAGUUAGCCAGACCUCGUCAGAUCAAGGAUCCCGCAUCUCCCAAGUCAAUCAUCAGUCGGCUGCCCCACAGCCUCGAGUGGGAUCGGCUACGACCGCGCUUGCUGGCAAGUUCUACAUGUUCUCUGGACGUGGCGGAUUGGCAAUGGCACCAAUUGAGGAGAACGGCUCUGUUUGGUGCUUCGACCCUGCCGAGAAGUCGUGGUCCCUGGUUGAUCCAGCAGACGGUCAACUGCCAUUUCCCAAAGGUCGAAGCUAUCAUGCGAUGACCAGUGACGGAGAGUCUACCAUCUACGUUCACGCGGGGUGUCCGGAAAAUGGAAGGUUGGGAGAUCUAUGGGCGUUUAACCUCUCAACACGCAAGUGGACGGAGCUCUCAUCGGCACCAGAUCCUGCCAGAGGUGGAACUUCUAUCGCUUUUUCCCAGGGCAAGCUGUGGCGUAUGAAUGGAUUUGAUGGAAAAACAGAGCAAGGCGGGAGCCUCGACGUCUUCGAUCCCAAGAACAACUCGUGGACGUCAAACCAAUAUCCCACCGAUGGCAAACAGGGACCCAGCCCACGGAGUGUGUGCUGCCUGCUUGCUUUAAAUGUUCAAGGACGGCACAGUCUAUUGACUGGAUUCGGAGAGAGUGACCCCAGUAAUCUAGGUCAUCAAGGGGCGGGAAGAAUGCUUGAUGAUGUGUGGCUUUACGACAUUGCAUCUAAUACCUGGCAGCUGGUUUCGGCUCAGGAUGGCACCAGCCCUCCACCAAGAGGCUGGUUCGCGGCUGAAACCGUUGGUGGUUCGGAUGUUCUGGUGCAGGGCGGUCUGUCACCGUCAAACGAGCGGCUGGACGAUCUGUGGCUACUUAGCUUUUGA